ACGUCGUCAACGACAGUGACCGAGAGCAUAUCGGUCACUAACUGUACAUAUGCAAGCGUAUGGGUACAGAACACGUCGAUGGCCUCUUUCCCCUCGCCUGCCGAUUCGUCGCGACCGACCAAUGGAUAGUAUCCCACUUUGACUCGUCCUGGAAGAUCUCAGAGUUGAAGCAGUAUAUACUCUCGAGAGUGACGGCACCGCCAUCGACACCGUCUACGGCCACGUUCACGUUCGCCACCCCCACGUUUUCAUCAUCUUCCGCCGGCGUUACGUCCAGCGGUGCUUAUGACACGAAUAAUCCCAGCAACCACAACCACACCAGCAGUAACAACAAUAAUAACAAUGCGAGAUAUCCAUACCCGCCACGACAUCGACCUGUUUCGCCGAUCACCUUCGCAGCUGUGUUCAAGUCCCGGCCGUCGUUCGAGAAUCCAUCCGGAGCGGGGAUAUCAGAGGAUGGACACGGCGAGAGCGUCGGUGUGGGUGCUGUCCGGGGUGCGUUUGGUGGUAGUGACGGAGGAGGAGGGCCAGGACUGGACGAAGAAGAUUUCGAGGAGGACGAUUAUCUGGACAUGAACGACGAUUCCGACUUGGACUAUCCCCACGACGGACCCACGCGCCCCGCACUCGCCUCCUACACCCAACAACCCUCCGUCUUCCAACCCUCCGCAAGCCUUACCACCGUCCCGUCCUCGCUCUCCCUCCCUCCGACGACGCAAUACUCGCUCAUCGCGUUCUCGACGGGCAUGAUCCUCGAGGACUCGUUUUCGAUUGCAUGGUACCAUCUACGCCCAAAUGAACUGUUGGAGCUGCAUCCGCUCGGGGGAUCGAUCGCGGAGCUGAGAAGGGGAGACGUAGAGAGGUAUGUGAAGCCGUAUUUUGAGGCGAGGGUGAGGGCGCUGAGGGUGAUUGGCUCGGCGGACGCGGUGACGUCUGUUGUGGAGGGGAAGGAGAAGGAUGGGAAGGAUGGCCGGGAGGCGUGGAGGGAGAAGGAAGGGGAGGAUAAAGGCAAGAAGCGGAAGAAGGCAAAGUUGGAGUGGCGCGAGAGGUGGGUCGUUGUCCAUCAGGGUACGCUCAGUCUCUUCAAGGACAGAGCAGACUCCCACCCAGCCCACACCUCCGAGCUCGCCACCCUCUGUCAGCUCCGUGGCGCCGACGCCCUCAACGCCAUAAACCCAACCUCGCCACCCGCCACCACCACUUCCCACUCCCACCCCCAUCCAUACGGUUCCCCACAAUCCACCGCACAUAACCACAACUCGUCAGCCCACGAUCGACAUGCAGAAACAAACAGCGUGCCCACCUAUGUUAUAUGUGCCAAAUUUCGCGCGACGGACGUAGAGCGCACGGAACGAGAGAGAGAAAAGAGAAGGGAGAAGGAGAUGCGGCCAAAGACGACGCAGGCGGAUGGGGCGCGAUCUGCGCAUGCUGCGAUGUUUGAAGGAUUUACGGAUCCGUGGUCGGGGGCGACUAUCGCUACUUCUUCCGGCGGCGUGGACGAAGUCGGCCCGAUGAUGGGUAGGAGAGGAUCUUUGGGGCUGCCGACGACGAGAGAGGAGGGAACGAGAUCGGAAGUGGGAGUGGGGAAGAAGAGGUCUGGAGAUGACGUCGGCGCGAAGAGGAGGGGCUCGGUGGAUGAGCGGAAUGCAAGGCGGAAUGGGAAUGGAAAUGGGGUGGAUGGGGCGGGGUCUGAUGCGGGAGAGGACGAUGGCGUCUGGGUCGUGUUGGACAUGGUCGACUUGGCGGCGUUCACGAACCUCCUCCGAAUCCUGCACCGAGAAGCCCCCCUCGCCCCCUCCGUAUUCUACCCUCCCCCAUCCUCUUCCUCUUCCUCCUCCAAUCCGCUCCAAGCCUACAACCGCAUGAACACAACCUCCCCACCCCUGCCCUAUCCCGAAUGGAGGACCGAAGUGGCCAGGAAAGCGCAAAGGGUGGGGAUGGGCGAGGUCGGCGCGCCGAUGGCGCUCGUCCUCUGGGGCCCAGACGAAGAAGACAGCGAGAGCGAACGGGAGUCGGUUUGUCCACCAUCUACGAGGAAGAGAGGCGAUACGGAUAGUUCGGGCGUGGGGUCGUUCCUUCAGCUUCAGGAGGAUGGACCGGGGUCUGCGCCUGUGACGCCGCUUGCGAAGACGGAGUCCGGAUCGACUGCACGACGUCGGCCGCAGAAUCAGAAUCAGAAUCAGAAUUAUGCGCAAGGGGUAGAGGAGGAAGAGGGAGAGACGGAUUCGAGGGAUGCGCAUGCGAGUUUCGACCUCGACGAGGAGCUCGGGAUGGCGAUGGAGAUGGUGACGGAUAGCAGCGACGACGGACUCGAGAGCGAAUGCGAGUGGGACGGCUGGGCGCUCGAUCUUCCCCGUCAGGCUCGGAAGGUCAAGGAUGCGCAUAAGCGGCUCCAGAUGCAGAGGGAGAUGCAGACGAUGAGUCUGAAUCGACAGAACGGAUAUCCCACUACGCCGACUCAGUCGCAUUUCACGCCCACUGCGGGCAGGGAACGGCUUGGGUCAGCGCCGUCGUCGAUGAUGGUGCCGCCGAGCAUUUCGACGACCGUGGAGGUUUCGACGGCGAGAGGUGGAGCUGGGAAGAGGCAUAAUCAUGUGCAGACAGCGAGUAUGGGGUACGCGCAUCGGCCGUUCGCAUCCCCUUCGUCUACAUCACUCGAAUCGCCGAGUCGAAUCCGGGCGGUGCACGAUUCGUCGACGUUGUUCGCGUCGGGGUCGACGUCCCCUGCUACGCUCGAAUCGUACUCCUAUCCCUAUCCUCCACAGGAUCAAGCCGGUCCUUCGUCGACUCAUCACCACCAUAGCCGUACCUCAUCCCGACCUCUCUCCCCCACUUCUUCCUCUCGCCCACUCUCUCCUACGGCUGCCAGUCUAGGUUUAGGCAUUCCCAUCUCCCUAGCUCCGCUCGACCCGUCGUACCCUGCGCUAUUAACGGUUGACGAUCAGGGCGUACGGAGCGGGACGACGACGAGUACGGUUAGUGUCGGUGGUGUCGUGAGGAAUAGGAGUUUGGUGAUGGUGGAGAGGGAGGGCGGCGGUGGGGGUGUGCCGAGGGCUUUGGGAUUGGGGUAUGGGAAUGGGAAGGCGGAGGAGAGAGAUGCGCGGAAGGCGAAGGGGAAGGCAAAGGCGAGGGAGGAAGCUGUCGAGGAUGUUAUUACGGAGGGAAGGAAACAGAGCUGGGUGGAGGAGCUGGGGUUGGGGAGGAAGGUGAAGGAGGGACAUGUGGAGAAGAAGAGUAAGGGGAAGAAGAAAGACAAGGGGAAGGAGAAAGAGAGAGAUAAGGUAGUUGAUGGGAAGAAGAAGGAGAAGUCGCUUCCUGCUCUGCCGCCUGUGGACCCAGAAGACGAUCUCCUACCCGCACCUCCUCAACACCACCCACGGCCCAACACGCACAUGCAUUCCUCCUCUACGAGAACACGACCCGUGGCCGCCGCCGUCCCGCCCCCUACCUCUUAUACCUCCACAACAACAACUCCUUCUGCCAGUCUCACCUCGCCGUCGUCGUCCUCAUUCGAUCCAGCCGACUUCACGCAACACCCGACUUUCGGAAUGAAGUCCAACGAUCAUAACGCUCCGCACCGUCAUAGGUCGGGAUUGGCGAAGACGGAAUGGAAGCGGUUGAGCGCUGCGUUGGGCGGGAUUGGUGGUGGUGGUGGUGGCGGUGGCGGUGGCGGUGGUGGUAGUGCGAAUCGUCCAGACGGCGCAUCCUCUUCGACUUCCCCGCCCUUUCCUCCCAUAUCGCACCGACCAAGUCGCGCAGACGAGGAUCCAGUGCUGCACAGGACGGAUACAAGGCACACGGUGCGGGAGAUGGAUGCGCGGAGCGAGACGAAGAGUUCGAAUAGUGGGGGUACCGGUGGAAGUAGUGGACAAUCGGUGGCCACAACGACGGUCCAGGUGGUAGGGGUGGAGAAGGACAAGGACAAGGAGAAAGGAAAGGGGAAGAAGUUGGUGAAGGGGAUUACGAGGGGGAAGGCGUUUAGUCCGGAGAAGUGGGUGAAGGGGUUCGAUGCAGCGUUGGACUUUGUGGAUGGGGUAUGAUUCUUCUACCUUUGCCUUUCUUUGUGCAGGUUUCGCGAGCUUGGUUUCUUCGAUGCAUGUCUUGGAUUAUAUUCUUGAUAUAAUCUCUCUCAGUUUCUGUACGCAAUGCCGCAGUCCCUUUUCCUGUUCUUCAUGUUCUAUCCCCCUUGGUACUGCCUACCACUCUUUUUUUCCCCCUUUGUUCAUCCAUGUUCGUGUUGGGCGAUGCGAUCUAUGGUGACGGCGGGUACCACCCGCCACCCGGCGCUGUUCUUGGUGGGUUUGACCUCUAUGCUUAUUCUCCUUCGUUUUUUGAUCUUUCCACCACUGUCGCAUCAAUGUUCUUACUAUUUC